GCUUAUCAGAGGAAAGGAUCUGCUCAACUUUUCUGCUCCAUACCAUGCAUCACUGAAUACAUUUCAUCUGCCAGUUCACCAGUUCCUUCUAAGAGAACUUGUUCAAACUGCUCAAAGUAUAUAAUUCUAAAUUAUGCCCCCUUUUAUUUCCCUACCUUGUUCUUGAUCAUAGUCUUAGUUGUAAUUUCUACAUUUUCCUUUUUUACUUUUUGAGACUGAGUUUCACUCUUGUUGCCCAGGCUGGAGUGCAGUGGUGCGAUCUCGGCUCACUGCAACUUCUGCCUCCUGGGUUCAACCGAUUCUCCUGCCUCAGCCUCCCAAGUAGCUGGGAUUAUAGCCAUGCACCACCACGCCUGGCUAAUUUUGUAUUUUUUAGUAGAGAUGGGGUUUCACCAUGUUGGCCAGGCUGGUCUUGAACUCUUGACCUCAGGUGAUCCGCCCGCCUUGGCCUCCCAAAGUGCUGGGAUUACAGGUGUGAGUCACUGCGCCUGGCCAUUUUCAUUUCUUUUGAAGACAUGUCGUCUUGGUUUAGUAAAAAGAAGUUUUUUCUACUUUUAGUUCCUCUGAUGGAUUCUCUAGAAAUAUUUUUUUUUGCAGAAAUUAACGUGAAAAGUACUGUUUCUCUUCACCUUUAAGAGACUUCCAAAACUUUUUUUCCUACUCUUUUCAUUUGAAAUUCUCUGUAAAUGGGAUUAUUGUUUAUCCAUUCUGUUCUAUUUAACUGUAUAGGGAGCAACCUACUAAAAAAUUAAUCCUAUGACAGUUAGUUUGGAUUUUCCAAGAUGUGGAAUAAUAUUUCUUUUAUAAUGGUAAAUGAAGUGAUUCUUUUGAAAAAUUGAUGGCCAUAGAUAAACCUACAUGUCUCUAUGUAAUCUUUUAAAAAUUUGUGUGAGAAUGUGUGAAGAAUCAGUGUCAUUUUGGCUUUGAGAGUCCUAAGGCAGUAUAAUUAUGGUUGUUAGCACUUAGGAUAUGCUAAUUUUUAAAUGUUCUUGUUCAGAACAAGAAAAUUCAUAGGCAACCACAGUGCUUCUAAAUAUAACAAAUUUCUUUCAAAUAAUACUUGUUUUGGACUCAGGUUGCCAUAAUUUGAAUUUUGCUUCUUCUGUUUAGUUAUAUUUUACUACUCAAAGUUUCAUCCCUGAGUUGCUAGAUCAGCAUCACCCAAGAGUUUGUUAGAAAUGCACCUUCUCAGGCCGGGUGUGGUGGCUCACGCCUGUUAUCCUAGCACUUAGGGAGGCCGAGGUGGGCAGAUUGCCUGAGCUCAGGAGUUCGAGACCAGCCUGGGCAACACAGUGAAACCCUGUCUCUACUAAAAUACAAAAAAAUUAGCUGAGCACUGUGGCAUGCACCUGUAAUCCUAGCUACUUGGGAGGCUGAAGUAGGAGAAUUGCUUGAACCUGGGAAGCUAAAGUUGCAGUGAGCUGAGAUCGGGCCACUGCACUCUAGUCCGGGCGACAGAGUGAGACUCCAUCUCAAAAAGAAAAAAAAAGAAAUGGGGUCUUACCCAGACCUGCUGAUUCAGAACUGCAUUUAUCCCCAUGUGAUUCCUAUACAUGCCAAAGUUGGAGCAGUAUUGAGAACUUCUUUGUUACUUAGUAUGUUACUUAAUAUUCGUAUCUGUUUUUGGUAAAAAGAAUUAUGAGCAUUAAAUAGUAUAUUUAAGUGGUCAGAACAAUAGCAUGUAAUAAGAACUCAAUAAAUGUGAACUAUUAUUAUUCUCUUAACAAACUCACAAACCCUUUUGAUGGGUUUGCUUCAGCUCCUCUGGCUGCUGCCUCAGUUAUUAUCUGUUGCGUCAGGUCUUAUUCCAUGGAACGUUACUUACCAUUCUCUUUUGCUUUUCAACCCUUCAGUACUAUACUAGUCUUUUGUCUUUUUACUUUUUUGCUAUGGGCCAUAUAGUACUCUCUUCAGCCUGCUUUCUCUCCCUGCAGAAUCAUAAAACUGGAAGGGACCUUAGAGACUCACUACACAUCUUCAGCAGAUGUCCCAGACAGAUUGAAAAAGGCUGAAGCAGGAAAGAUUUAGUGUAGACGUUUUAAAUCCAAAGGAUGUGAUCAGUGUCCAGCUGGAAGACACUACCUCUUGCAAAACUUUUUGCAGCCUAUCUUGUCUUUCAUCAUAUGAAGAAAAAAGAAAACCAUUUGUUACCAUAUGUACUAAUAGCAUUUUGACCAAGUGCAGCAUGUGCCAGAAGACUGCUAUUAUUCAGUACGAAGUAAAAUACCAGAAUGUGAAACAUAAUCUUUGCAGUAAUGCCUGCCUUUCAAAGUUUCACUCUGCUAACAACUUCAUCAUGAACUGCUGUGAGAACUGUGGCACUUACUGUUACACCAGCUCUAGUCUGUCUCACAUACUUCAGAUGGAAGGACAGUCUCAUUACUUUAAUAGUUCAAAGAGUAUUACAGCAUAUAAGCAGAAACCUACCAAACCACUUAUAUCUGUUCCUUGCAAACCAUUGAAGCCCUCAGAUGAAAUGAUUGAGACUACCAGUGAUUUGGGGAAGACAGAGCUUUUCUGCUCUAUUAAUUGUUUCUCUGCAUACAGCAAAGCUAAGAUGGAAUCUUCUUCAGUAAAUGUUGUUUCUGUGGUGCAUGAUACUUCAACAGAGCUUUCUCCAAAGAAAGAUACGACUCCAGUUAUAAGCAAUAUAGUGUCAUUGGCAGACACCGAUGUUGCCUUGCCCAUCAUGAACACUGAUGUCUUACAAGAUACAGUUUCCUCAGUAACAGCAACAGCAGAUGUCAUUAUGGAUCUUUCUAAGAGUUCACCUAGUGAACCCAGUAGUGCUGUUGCUAGUAGUAGUAUGGAACAGCCAAGCGUUUCACCAUCUUCAUCAGUAUUCAGUCAGCAUGCAAUUGGUUCCAGUAUAGAAGUACAAAAAGACAAUAUGAAAUCUAUGAAAAUAAGUGAUGAACUAUGUCACCCAAAAUGUACAUCCAAAGUACAAAAAGUUAAAGGUAAAUCACGAAGUAUUAAAAAAUCUUGUUGUGCAGAUUUUGAGUGUUUGGAAAACAGUAAAAAAGAUGUGGCAUUCUGUUAUUCAUGCCAGUUGUUCUGCCAAAAAUAUUUUAGCUGUGGAAGAGAGUCAUUUGCAACCCAUGGAACUUCUAAUUGGAAAAAAACCCUGGAAAAAUUCAGAAAGCAUGAAAAAAGUGAAAUGCAUUUGAAGUCAUUGGAAUUUUGGAGAGAAUACCAAUUUUGUGAUGGAGCUGUCAGUGACGAUUUAUCUAUUCAUUCGAAACAGAUUGAGGGAAAUAAAAAGUACCUAAAGCUUAUAAUUGAAAAUAUUUUAUUUCUUGGAAAGCAGUGUUUACCCUUAAGAGGAAACGACCAGUCGGUUUCAUCUGUAAAUAAAGGCAAUUUUUUAGAAUUGUUAGAAAUGAGAGCAAAAGAUAAAGGAGAAGAAACAUUUCGACUUAUGAAUUCACAAGUUGACUUCUAUAAUAGUACACAAAUUCAAAGUGAUAUUAUUGAAAUAAUAAAGACUGAAAUGUUGCAGGAUAUUGUGAAUGAGAUCAAUGACUCCUCAGCGUUUUCAAUCAUAUGUGAUGAGACAACCAAUAGUGCCAUGAAAGAACAGCUUUCAAUUUGUGUAAGAUACCCACAAAAAUCAUCAAAGACUAUCUUAAUUAAGGAAAGAUUCUUGGGUUUUGUUGAUACUGAGGAGAUGACUGGGACCUACUUACAUAGGACUAUCAAAACUUAUCUGCAGCAAAUUGGAGUUGAUAUGGAUAAAAUACAUGGCCAGGCCUAUGAUAGCACCACUAAUUUGAGGAUAAAAUUUAAUAAAAUAGCAGCAGAAUUCAAGAAAGAAGAACCAAGAGCUUUAUACAUACAUUGUUAUGCACACUUUUUGGAUUUAUCAAUAAUUAGGUUUUGUAAAGAAGUAAAGGAACUCCGAAGUGCUCUAAAAACGCUCAGUUCUUUGUUCAACACUAUUUGUAUGUCUGGGGAAAUGUUGGCAAAUUUUCGAAACAUUUGUAGGCUAAGUCAAAACAAAACAUGCAAGAAACAUAUAUCACAAUCAUGUUGGACAGUCCAUGAUCGUACAUUACUGUCUGUGAUUGACAGUCUUCCAGAGAUUAUUGAAACAUUGGAAGUUAUAGCAAGCCAUUCUUCAAAUACAAGUUUUGCUGAUGAAUUGAGUCAUUUGCUGACAUUGGUUUCCAAAUUUGAAUUUGUCUUUUGUUUGAAAUUCCUGUAUCGAGUGCUGAGUGUUACAGGAAUUCUUUCCAAAGAGCUUCAAAAUAAAACCAUAGACAUUUUUUCUUUGUCUUCAAAAAUAGAAGCAAUUUUGGAAUGUUUAUCAUCUGAAAGAAAUGACAUAUACUUUAAAACAAUCUGGGAUGGAACAGAGGAAAUAUGUCAAAAAAUAACCUGUAAAGGUUUUAAAGUUGAAAAACCUUCUCUUCAGAAAAGAAGAAAAAUUCAGAAAUCAGUAGAUCUUGGCAAUUCAGAUAAUAUGUUUUUUCCUACUUCAACAGAAGAACAAUAUAAAAUUAAUAUCUAUUACCAAGGAUUAGAUACUAUAUUACAAAAUUUAAAGUUAUGUUUUUCAGAGUUUGAUUAUUGCAAAAUAAAGCAAAUUUCAGAACUGUUAUUUAAAUGGAAUGAACCAUUAAAUGAAACAACAGCAAAACAUGUUCAGGAAUUUUAUAAACUUGAUGAGGACAUUAUCCCAGAACUUAGAUUUUAUCGACAUUAUGCAAAGCUUAACUUUGUCAUAGAUGAUAAUUGCAUAAACUUCGUCAGUCUCGGCUGUUUGUUUAUUCAGCAUGGUCUUCACAGUAAUAUUCCUUGUCUCUCAAAGCUAUUAUAUAUUGCUUUGUCUUGGCCAAUUACUUCAGCAAGUACUGAGAACUCAUUUUCUACCCUGCCUCGUCUUAAGACAUAUUUAUGUAAUACCAUGGGACAAGAGAAGCUUGCUGGCCCAGCCCUAAUGGCUGUUGAGCAGGAAUUGGUAAAUAAACUAAUGGAGCCUGAAAGACUCAAUGAAAUUGUGGAAAAGUUUAUCAGUCAGAUGAAAGAAAUAUAAUACUUGCUCAUUUGAACUUACCUGAAUGACUUGUAUUUCCAUUGGGAUGUUUUUAUUUCAAAAUUGUUCAAAAUUCAAAAGACACAGAAUGAUAUACAGUGAAGUCUCCUUCCCUCCUUUAGAACUCAUUUUCUCUUCCCAAAAAGUGUUAUCUUUUCCUUAAAUAUCCCUCUAGAGAUAUUUUUCCUAAGUGUUAUUGUACGGUGUAUACUGUUCUUCAGAUUGUCUUAUCUGUGUAACAUAUUUUUGAGAUUGUCCCAUGUCGUUACAUGAAGAGUUCCUUGAUUCUUGGUCUAUAACUGCAGAUGUUAUUGUAUGAAUGUACCAUAAUAUAUUUGAGCAAUCCCUGCUGACAUUUUUUUCUAACCUUUUGCUAUUAUAAAUAAUGAUUCAUUUUAUAACCUUUUAUAUAGGUCACAUUGCACAUGAGUGAGUUACUGUAAGCUGGAAAUCUAAAGUUAGAAUUACUAGGUUAAGAUAUGUGCAUUUUUACUUUUGAUAGAUAUUGGCAAGUUGCCAUCUAUAAGGAUUGUGCCAAUUUACAGUCCCACCCACAGUGCAUGAGAGUGCCUAUUAAAUCUUUGUAAGUUUUAUCAAAUGUUUUGAUCUUUCCCAAGCUCUUACUUUAAAAAUGGCAUUUUAAUCUCAGUAGAAUUUUGUAUAUUCACUUAAGAAUAAGGUUGGGGACUGGCCAUGGUGGUUCAAACCUAUAAUCUCAGCACUUUGAGGGCCUGUGCAGGAAGGAAGAUCACUUGAGGCCACGAGUUCAAGAUCAGGUUGGCAGCAUAGUAAGACCUCAUCACUACAGUUUUUUUUUUUUAAUUAGCGAAGUGUGGUGGUGCAUACCUGAAGUCCCAGCUACUUGGGAGGCUGAGGCAGGAGGUUUGCUUAAGCCCAGAAAUUUGAGGCUGCAGUGAGCCAUGAUUGCACCACUAUGCUCCAGAGUCUAGGCAAUGGAGUGAGACCUUAUCUCUUUCAAACAAACAAGAAUAAAGUUAGGUAUCUGUUUAUUUGUUUGAGCCAUUUGUAUUUCCUUUUUUGUAAACUGUCCUGUUUAAACGUUAAAAUCACUGCUGUGUUUUAGGUUUAUACAUCUCAGCUGGAUGGCACAAUAAAUUAUUAAGCCACAUUAUGAAAAUAUAACUAUAUUUAAGUAACCUCCAAAGAAAAGACUAUUUCUUUAUACUUCAAAAAAGUUUUUUUUUGUUUUUGUUUUGAGACAGAGUUUCGCUGUUGUUGCCCAGGCUGGAGUGCAAUGGUAUGAUCUCGGCUCACUGCAACCUCCGCCUCCCAGGUUCAAGUGAUUGUCCUGCCUCAGCCUCCCAAGUAGCUGGGAUGACAGGCACACGCCACCACACCUGGCUAAUUUUUGUAUUUUUAGUAGAGAUGGGGUUUCACCAUGUUGGCCAGGCUGGUCUUGAACUCCUGACCUCAGGUAAUCUGCCCAUCUGGGCCUCCCAAAGUGCUGGGAUUAUGGCAUGAGCCACCAUGCCCAGCCAGAAAAGUUUAAAUAACAAAGAAAAUGUGAUAUUCAAAGAUUUGAAAGAAUUAAGUGGUGUAUAUAUCUAGGCCUGGAAUUUUUUUUUUUUUUUAAAGACUAUUUCUCUGGCACUUUUUUCCAGCUGUUUCUCCUUUCCCUCUCAUCAAUUUUGAUAACUUGUACUUUUUCUAGGAGAACAUCCAUGUCAUUGAGGCUUUCUUUCAAAUGUAUUUGCCUAGAGUUGUAGAAAAUAUUCUCAGUAUCUUCUAUAUACCUGUUUUACUUUCUUUCUUUCUUUCAUUUUUUAAGAUGGAGUCUCGCUCUGUUGCCCAGGCUGGAGUGUACGGUGAUGUGAUAUAGGCUCACUGCAACCUCCACCUCCCGGGUUCAAGUGAUUCUCCUGCCUCAGCUUCCCAAGUAUAUGGGAUUACAGGCACCCACCACCACGCCUGGCUCAUUUUUUUGUAUUUUUAGUAGAGAUGGGGUUUCACCAUGUUGGCCAGGCUGGUCUCGAACUCCUGACCUGAGGUGAUCCACCCACCUUGGCCUCCCAAGGUGCUGGGAUUACAGGCGUAAGCCACCAUGCCCGGCCCUAAUUAAUUGAUUUCCACCUUAAAAAAGAGAAAACAGGCCUGGCGCAGUGGCUCACACCUGUAAUCACAGCACUUUGGGAGGCCGAGGCGGGCAGAUCACUUGAGGUCAGGAGUUCAAGACCAGCCUGACUAACAUGGAUAAACCCCAUCUCUACUAAAAAUAUAAAAUUAGCUGGGCAUGGUGGCACAUGCCUGUAAUACCAGCUACUUGGGAGGCUGAGACAGGAGAAUAGCUUGAACCCCAAAGGCUGUGGUUGCGGUGAGCCGAGAUCACGCCAUUGCACUCUAGUCUGGGCAACAAGAACGAAACUCCAUUUCAAAAAAGAGAGAAAAUAGGCUGGGGACGGUGGCUCAUGCCUAUAAUCCCAACACUUUGGGAAGCCAAGGCAGGCGGAUCACAAGGUCAAGAGUUCAAGACCAGCCUGGCCAACAUGGUGAAACCCCAUCUCUACUAAAAAUAAAAAUGAGCCAGGCAUGGUGGUGGGUGCCUGUAAUUCCAGCUACUCAGGAGGCUAAGGCAGGAGAAUCACUUGAACCCAAGAGGCAGAGGUUGCCAUGAGCCAAGAUCGUGCCAUUGCACUCCAGCCUGGGCAACAAGAGUGAAACUCCAUCUCAAAAAAAAAAAAAAAAAAAGAAAAUAGAAGACAGUUAACUCUAGUAUUGAAUGUUUGUUGCAUAUAUUUUCAUUCUUUUAACGGAAAUGCUUAAGGCUAUGAACUUUCCUCUAAAGUCAGCUUGGUCAACCAUGUGUUUUUUUCAUUUUCAUCAUUUUCUAGCUGUUUUUAUCUUGUCAUAAAAUCAAGAAGUUGGGCCAGGUGCGGUGGCUCACGCCUGUAAUCCCAGCACUUUGGGAGGCCGAGGUGGGCGGAUCACGAGGUCAGGAGAUCAAGACCAUGGUGAAACCCCGACUCUACUAAAAAUACAAAAAAUUAGCCAGGUGCAGUGGCAGGCACCUGUAGUCCCAGCUACUCAGGAGGCUGAGGCAGGAGAAUGGCGUGAACCCGGGAGGCGGAGCUUGCAGUGAGCCAAGAUCGCACCACCGCACUCCAGCCUGGGCCACAGAGCGAGACUCUGUCUCAAAAAAAAAUCAAGAGGUUGGUGUUCUUGUUUUCAUUUUGAAGUGUUUUCUAUUCUUUGUAGUCUAUUAUACAGCCAAUAAUGUAAAAAAUAAACUUACAUUGAGUAUAA